AUGCAGCCAAGCAGAGCCCAGCAGAGCCCAGCAGAGCCCAGCAGAGUACUUUGGAUCUUCACCGUAAACAUCCAGCCCCUUGCUUGUUCCCGGGUACCGCCUCAGCCGUUGGUUUGUGACCUCAUAUAUCGCUACCGCAACGACCCUCUUCGGACCGCCACGCCUCGAUCGACCCGCUGCAACGUCGGGACCUGCUCCCGAAAGAGCACCCCCUCACCACUCAAGACAACGCAGGAUACCAUGGGGAACAAACACAGCUCCCCGCUGCAGGGCUGCCUCGACUCCGUCUGCACCGGUCACCGCGACUGCGUUGCAUUCCCAGGCGACGUGCUCUACGACGCCCUUUGGGUCAGGCCAUACAACCUGGACGCCCCAGUGACGCCCGCCGCCGUCAUCCGCCCCAGCACCUCCGCCAUGGUUUCCAACGCCGUCAAGUGUGCCGUCCAGCACGGCGCUUCUGUUCAGGCGAGGUCGGGGGGGCAUUCAUACGGCAACUAUGGCCUUGGCGGAAGAGACGGCGCCGUCGUCGUGGACCUUUUGAAUUUCAAAGACUUCUCCAUGGACGCGAACAACUGGACAGCCAGCUUCGGAGCCGGCUUACGACUCGGCGAGCUGGACAAGAAGCUUCACGACAAUGGCCGGCGAGCCAUUCCCCAUGGAACAUGUCCCGGCGUCGGCGUCGGCGGCCAAGCCGUUGUCGGUGGCCUCGGGCCGAGCUCACGCAUGUGGGGAAACAUGGUCGACCACAUUCUCGAGGUCGAGGUGGUCACGGCAAAGGGCGAGGUCCAACGAGCCAGCCAGCAUCAGAACGCCGACCUCUUCUGGGCCCUGCGUGGUGCCGGCCCGAGUUUUGGUAUCGUCACCAAGCUAUGGAUGAGGACGCAUCCAGAGCCAGAUUCCGUUGUCGAGUACACCUACGACAUCUCCUUUGGCGACCCGAGCUUGGAUCGACGUUUCUCGUCGCUUUUUAUCAUCCAUCCCCUCGGCGCCGUCAUCACAGGGACCUUUUAUGGCAGCCAACGGGAGCUUCAGCAGACUGGCAUUCUCGACAGGCUGCCCUCGCGCGGCUCCGUGAGGCUUGGCGACUGGCUUGGCUCUGUGGUCCAUGUCUUUGAAUCACUCAUCCUUCAGCUGGCCGACGUGCCGACGCACUUUUUCAGCAAGUCGCUCGCUCUGCGCCGACAAGAUCUCCUCGACAGGAAGGAGACGGACGCCCUGUUUGACUACCUCGACAGAGCGACACCACCCAUGGUUCUCAUGUUCAAUACCGAGGGCGGUGCUGUGGCCGACGUCCCCCUGAACCAAACGUCCUACCCGCAUCGCGACAAGGUCAUCAUCUAUCAGUCGUACGUAAUUGAGGCGUUUGGCGUCUCCGACGAGAACAAACGCUUCCUCGAGGGCGUUCAUAAGCGCAUCAAGCGCGACACGCCCCUUAACGCCUCGACUUAUGCCGGCUACGUCGACAUGGCCCCGAACCGCUCCGAGGCCCAACUCGCUUACUGGGGGGACUUGCUGCCGCAGCUGCAGCAGAUCAAGCAGAACUGGGAUCCGUCGGACGUUUUUCGUAACCCCCAAAGCGUGGAGCCGGCGGGUGCCAUCGCCGCGUCCUGUCAGAGCAAUCGUGUUGCGGCCUGCCCAAUGGGGCAGUAG